AUAUGGAGACAAGGUUUCCAAAUGUUGCAAAAAUCACCCUUCCUCUUUAUCUCCGAAGACAAUGAUCACAAUAAUCUCAGUUACACGAGCUUGAAAGAUGUGAUCUCGAGUUCCGAUGGCUUUGGUUCGAUGUUUUGUCACCACCAACACAGUGUUCCUUCGCAAGAAGGGUUUCUCUUGUCUGAUAUGGAUUCUUCAAACAUCGCAAUUCGAAACGAGCUCGUGAAAAGAGCAGCUUCGAUGUAUCUUCAAUCUUCUAUGAUUGUCUCUGUUCCUGACACAAACUGGUUUCAGAGAUUCUGUUUGAAGGCAAAGCAUCAAGCGGUUGCUGUGGUCGAUUGUCUCAGACCGGUUUACCGGAUUUUCGCUUGGUCUAGUUGAGAGAUGUCUUUAGAAAGGGUGAUUCAAAGUUGUAAAUGUGUAAAUACUGUAGAUAAUCAAAUAAAGUUUCCCAUUUU